CCUUGCCUUGCCUUGCCUUGCCUUUUAGCAUGCUCAGUGCGUGCUGCUAUUCCUAAUAAUCGUCGCUCAUUUUGCUGGGUAGCCCGUUUGCGCCGCCAACAUGACGAAACCUACCAAGGCUGAGGUUUAUCUGCAACAAUUGGAAAACUGCCGCUGUGAAGAUGACUGGGAUGCUGUGCCCGAGACGGUACGAAAAAUACGCAAGCAUGCGCCGAACAGACAAUGCCUUGCGACGACCGCCGAGACCGAACAUGCCAUCACCAAAGCUCAGCUGAAGCAGACUGCUCGGCCCCAGACCGCAGUGUCCCACAAGGACCUCGAGAUCACGAACCUUCUGCCCAAACUUCUCGACGCCAUCGACAGCGAACACACAUUCCACGAGGACAAGUAUCAGGCCCAGGUGUGUUUGGGAUGGUUGCAUUGGGCCGUCGGGGAAUACGAUAUCGCCAUGGUCCGCCUCCCCAGCGUCUUGGAGCAAGAUCCCGAUGAUGUCUCCGAGUGGACGAGAGUAUGUAGUCUGAAAGCCGCAUAUCUCAAAGCGAACUGCCUCUCGAGGAACAACGAAAGAGUCCAGGCUCUCGCCGUCUUCGAAGCCGCCUUGGCCUCCUUGUCAACUGUCUGGACAGGUCAGAAGGGACGAAAACAGUUACAGUUCUGGGCAGAGCUUUUCCUCACCGAGUUCUGUAUGCUACAGUCUCAGGCUCUGGAGAGAGGUGAAAAGACUCUGCAAGAUCCAAAUGUCUUGGCAGCAUUCCGAUCCUGGGCCCGGUAUUGGGAGACCUCCAAGACUCAGGGGACUUCAGGCGCCCCCCUUGUCGGGGGGCAUGGCUUCAGAGGAGCUGUACCUAGGAGACGAGUGUGGAGUGAGUACUAUAUGGCGGUCUCCAGUAUUCUGGAACUUGGCCUGCCUUUCCCGACCGGUCACAUCAAUGCCACCACAAGUGAGACCUCUACCAGGAGUCAGUUACGUAUAGAGCUCAAGAAAGCAGAGGCAGCCUAUGAGUCCCUCUUGCUGAGCGAGACCACAUUCCCUCGCGCCAACGAAGAACGAGAAGAGAUAGAGGAUUUCAUAGGUCUCAUUAUGAAGAACUGGAGUAUUCUUGGUGGACGCAAUUGGCAUGAGCAUGACCUUGGACAAGGUGGUAAAGAAGGUCUCAGUCGUGGCGUUCUUGAAAUACUCUAUCGUGCAGCAACCAAAACUUUUCACUCGACUGCGAUUCUGCGACAUCUCUUCACAGUCCACCUUGCUGUUGCAGAGUUUGACUUGGCCUUCAAAGCUUUCGAUUCAUAUCUCGAGAUUGUUAAGAAGGGCAAGGCCCGCGUUGACAAGACUGGGCAUCCUGAACCAAGUCUUGACGACGAUGCAACCGUGCUGGAAACGAUAUCCACAGCAGUGACAGCAUUGUGCAAAUACGGCUUACAAGACGAAGCUGAAACAGCAUAUGGUUUGGGUGCUGAAUUGGAAGAGAUGCUGCAUAAACUACCAGCUCCUUUUCCCAACACGGAAGAAAACAUCACAUCUUUGCCAGAGGAGAAUGCCAACGGUGUGGUUCUUCACCCAAGAUUACCAGCCAAGGUCAACGCCAUGGCAUGGCAGGCAAUUGGCCUUUCACAAGCUCAGUGGGCCAGGAAGACCUUUGAUGCUGCAUCUCGUACGGAGAUCCAGAGCAAGGCAAUUCGAAGCUUCCAAAAGUCCUUAUCUCCAGAUACAGGCAAUCCCACCGACGUUCGCACUCUGUUCACCCUUGGCCUCCUGCUUGCUGAGUCCAGAGAAUUAACAGCGGCCAUUGACAUUGUUAAGGCUGCACUAAUGUCUAACAAGAAAACAACUGGCAAUUCGUCUUCGGCAGGAAACUAUUGGCGUGAGCGCUCCCUGAUACCAGUGUGGCACCUCCUUGCUUUACUACUUAGUGCACGACAAGACUACGUUAUGGCUGCACGAGCAUGCGAGGGAGCUUUCGAACAGUUCAGCGAUCCAACAGUGUUGUUCGGGCCGCAAGGGUUACAAGGACAGUUCCGAAGCGAUCACCUUAACGAGGCGGAGGCCAAUAAUGGGUUGUCCCAUCCCGCCCUUGUGGAUGAGAUGGAUGACAGCGAGAAAGAGAGCAUCGUCGAGGUGAAAAUGACACAGCUCGCACUUGUUGAGCUUCUCGAAGGUCCAGAGGUAGCGGUCAACGCCAGUCACGAAUUACUUGUCCUGUAUACCAGGCUGUUUGGAAGUCUUCAGCCGAACACGGCGCCUUCACCGACAACUCAAACGUCACCUGUGACUGUGCCAAAAAGCUCUGCUGGAACCUUGCGCAGCCUCAGGGGUAGUGUUUUCGGCCAUAGGGGCAGGGCCACCAGUAAGCUCAGGGAGUCCAGCACUAUCGAAGAGAAGUCCGACUCACCCGAACGACCUCAAACUGCUCAAACCAGCACGACUACCGCCACUGCUGCUCCAACAAUUCAGAUUACCAGGGAUAACACCGAUCAGUCAGAUGCGCGCUCUCGAAAAUCGGCAAGCAGUGUGCGGGGGCGAAGAAGUAGUUCUGUAAAACGGAGUGAAUCGAUGAAGAGAGGCAAUAGUCUGAAGAAGCGUGACAGUAGCAGCCAUCGGCGGCGAGCGGGUAGCACUGGAGCCCCGCGUCAAUCGGGCCAUCAACCAACCAUAUCUGAUGGAGAUGCCUACUUCACCCCUUUGGGUGACUCGGCCGCCAAUGAUCGACCUGACUUCUUUGCCUCGAACACGAAGGAUAAAAUCGCCAGACAGCAGUCCUUCUCCAAGAACAGAGGACUCCUCAGAUUCGAUUCAUCGUUGUCGUCCAAUAGGGUGUCGACAAACUCUGAAAUGCUCAUGCUUGAUUCAUUAUCGCCACCAAACCCACUGCCAACUCUGCAAUUUCCUGUGGAACAGGUACGCCGACAGCGACAGACAGUUCUGAUCAAGGUGUGGCUAUUGAUUGCUGCUUUCUACCGUCGCGCAAGCAUGUAUAGAGAUUCGCAAGGAGCAGCCGACGAGGCCAAGAAGCUUGUGUCAGCGAUGGAAGCAGACAUAGCGAAAGACUCAUCGGGUUAUGUUGCGACCAACCACCCUGGUUGGGGCGGAAAGAAGAGUGUCGAGGAGCUAUGGGCUGACGUCCACUGUGAGAUGGGUUACCUCUCAGUGGCCGAAGAAACCCCCUACAAUGGACGGGCUGAAUUUGAGGAAGCUUUGAUGCAUUAUCCAAAUCAUCCAGCAGCUAUCGUGGGACUCUCAAACAUACUUCUCGACCUCUACGCCGAGAUUAUCCUACCACACUCUGCCAUCCCAGGCAUCACCGGACCGGAUGGUGAGCCAGUGGACAUAAGUAGCACAAUGUUGGGCUCAGAUACUCUGGCGUUACGACCCAAGUCUAGCCUUGCAGUUUCCGCUCUACCUUCUGGGCCGCUGGGCCUUGGGGCGGAGGGUACGGUUUCAACCGCAUCGCACCCACCAGGCAAAACGCCAUUGCCAAACAAGCAGUCAAUCAAACCAGGGACGGUUGAAGAGCUCCCUGCGCCAUACAAGGCCAAGUCGCUUCCACUUAUUGAUAGGCUUGCUGCCAGAGACCGCGCAUAUGGUCUGUUGUCUGGUUUGACCAAACUCGGAUCCGGCUGGAAUUACUCGGAUGCCUGGUUCGCUCUAGCUCGGGCUCAUGAAGAAAGCGGCCAACCUGAUAAGGCAAAAGAAGCAUUGUGGUGGUGCGUUGAGCUCGAAGAAGGCCUCGGUGUUCGUGAUUGGAGCUGUGUCGGUGCAGGCGGAUACGUGUUGUAGUCCGUGACCAAGAACACAAAUCAAGAUUACGCCAGCAGACAAAUUCAAGACAGCGCAUAUGCGCCUGAAAAGAGUCCCAAGUUAAAGUUGGUAAUAUAUAGCGUUACUGCAAAGAUACCCAGUAUAGGAUGAGAUUAAUAUCGCGACACCUUGAACUAUCAAUGCAACAACUGAAUUUAACCAAGUAAAACAAA